CACAUGUCUCGUUGUAUUUCGGUUUGUCCGAGGGCACUUGCCGUCGCCAGAUGGGGGAGGCGAUCAACCGCAGCUCUUAGUGUUACGGGAAGCCGUAACCAAAGCACCGCCUCUGAGGAGUCCCCGUCCCCGGUAGCAAUCAUCUGUGGGUGGGCCUACUCCAACAGAAAUGCCUUGAAAAGGUAUGCGGCUAUUUAUAGCGAACUGGGGAUGCAGAGCGAGGUGAUAACACUGAGCAUUCCAGAACUGUGGUUCUACAAUCUGUCCUCGAAAGCUGUGGAGAAGAAACUGGAUGAAUUCUGGACUUCGAAUGCUCUUCAACGACCGGUCAUUUUCCAGUUUUUCUCAGGAGCCUCGUCUGCUAUUCUACCGGUUGUUGUAAACAUGAUGUCGAGAGGCUUUCCUUUGCAACUCAAGGGGAUUGUGUUUGACAGUUGUCCGAUUGAAUUUCGUGCUCGAUCAGGAUUGGCUAGUGUCAGACUGGUACAGAGACAAGGAACUUUGAAUCCUAUAGUUGGCACUGUUGUGUCGGCCAUUGGCCUCACUGUUAAUGUAUUGUUGGGGCCGGGGAUCCGACAACGAAUGGAGAAAGCAUUGAUGUCGGAAUCGGUUCGUGUGCCGCAGCUCUUUCUCUAUUCCAGUGGUGACUCGGUCGCUUCGAAGGAUUAUAUCGAGCAUUGGAUGAAGGUACAGAAAGAGAGAGGAGUGACGGUGCAGUCACACUGUUGGCAAGAUUCGGAGCAUGUUCGUCAUCUAGUCGACAAUCCGGAAACUUACAAACAGUUAGUCACUAACUUUGUGAAGACACACAUUUUAUGAAAAUUGGUGCUUUUGAUUUGCCAGUGACUUGUUUUUGUGGAUAUUACAAUAACGUGAAUUCAUGCAUAAUUUCCUGGAAGGAGUUAUGAUAACAUUUUAACAACAUGAUACAUAAUAUUUUGUCA